AACUGAAGCUGCAUUUUCAGGAGCAUCAUGGCUUUCAGAAACAGUUUCAAUGCGUUCACUCUGCUGGCAAUUGCUCUUUUGGGAGUGAUUCCUUGCGCUGAAGUUCUUGCUCAGGGUUUACCACCGGGAUUCCUACCACCACCUGACUUCCAAGCACCACCACAAGGAUUCCCAGUUCCUCCCGGUACCCUUCCACCUCCAGGAUUCUUCGCACCUCCUGACUUUCAAGCACCACCUCAAGGAUUCCCAGUUCCUCCCGGUACCCUUCCACCUCCUGGAUUCUUCGCACCUCCUGAUUUUCAAGCCCCGCCUCAAGGAUUUCCAGUUCCUCCCGGUACCCUUCCACCUCCUGGAUUCUUCGCACCACCUGACUUUCAAGCACCACCUCAAGGAUUCCCAGUUCCUCCCGGUACCCUCCCACCUCCUGGAUUCUUUGCACCACCUGACUUUCAAGCCCCGCCUCAAGGAUUCCCAGUUCCUCCUGGCACCCUCCCACCUCCUGGAUUUUUCGCUCCUCCUGACUUUCAAGCCCCGCCUCAAGGAUUCCCAGUUCCUCCUGGCACCCUCCCACCUCCUGGAUUUUUCGCUCCUCCUGAUUUUCAAGCCCCACCUCAAGGAUUUCCAGUACCUCCUGGCACCCUUCCACCUCCUGGAUGGUUCACACCUCCCAGCACCCUACCACCCCCUGGUUUUCCAGUUCCUCCUGGCACCCUUCCUCCUCCUGGAUUUUUCGCUCCUCCUGAUUUUCUAGCUCCACCUCAAGGAUUUCCAGUACCUCCUGGCACCCUUCCACCUCCUGGAUGGUUCACACCUCCCAGCACCCUACCACCCCCUGGCUUUCCAGUUCCUCCUGGCACCCUUCCUCCUCCUGGAUUUUUCGCUCCUCCUGAUUUUCUAGCUCCACCUCAAGGAUUUCCAGUACCUCCUGGCACCCUUCCACCUCCUGGAUGGUUCACACCUCCCGGCACCCUCCCGCCCCCUGGCUUUCCAGUUCCUCCCGGCACCCUUCCUCCCCCAGGAUUCUUCACACCUCCUGGAUUCCCAGCUCCUCCCCUUGGUCCACCCCCACCUCCAGGUCCUCCAGCACCACCCAAGAGCACUCUGCCUCCAGCAGAAGGUCCCGCUCCUUUCUUCAUUACGUCGACUUACGCACUGGCGGCUGCACCAAUUUCAUUGAUUUACGCACAAGUGAUAAUUGCCCUGGCUUCAGUUUUCGUGACAGUUGUCGCUUUGGCUCUGUAGGAGCUGUAGAACUCAUUCAAUGAAUUCAAUCAAUGGAACAGUUUUCGUACACACACGUAGGAUAGAAAACGAAGAACAAGCUGAAGCAUAGCUGCACUGGCUUUUAGUCGGAUUCUCUCCAAUUGAGACCACAUUGGUCUAGAGAGCGUCUUGCACAUUCCCUUGUUUGGAAUCAAGA